CAUAGUGCUAAUGAGAUGAGAAUAAUUCCCCGACGCAAGCCUGUGCCAAGUCACCACGCACGUCUCAGAGGAUUAUCUUUAUUAAAAUCUAACAUAAUUCAUCAUCUUAUCCUUGAAUCGGAGGAAAUGAUUUAUCAGGUUGUACCAACGUGAACUUGAUUUGCUAGCAGCGAGACGAUGUAAUCACAGGAAGCGACGGGUGCCGGCUAUAUGUUUAGGAACUUAUCUAUCCAGCUAGCCAGCUGCCGUGAUUCAUGAUACACAGAUAGCCUUGUUUAUUCUGCUAUCGCCUCCGGAUACGCUAUAGAUCAUGCAAAUAUAUGCAACUCAUGCGUCCGAAGAUUGUACCAGAAUGUAUCAUUAAUAUCUCGAUAUUAGAAAAUUUUCCACCGCUUAUAAUAGAUGCGUUCACAGCAUGGAGAAGACCAGUUAUUUAAAACAGAAAAAAAAAGAACAAAAAUCUCGAAGACUCUACCAACAGGAACAUAGAAUGAGCUCAAAACCAAGACUCCCGAGGAAGGUGACGAGCUCCACUCGGGUGAAUCUCAACAAGUGUUGGUCGAAGCUUGGGGAGUUGAUCUCCAAUUCACCACCACGCUCAGACCUGCCAUCACAUAAGACUGCUUAUAUCGAAGAACCCAUCAUAGUGCCGUUCUCCGAAUACUUCUAUCCUAUAGACCCGGUCAAACCGCUGCCAGUAGAAGAUAACGAUAACGCCGAAAACCAAAACAUCUUGAACUCCAGCCGCUUCGAACUCAUCUCUGGAGAGGAGAUCAGUGACAACGUGGCCAAUGAAGUUCGGGAGAUCUGCUACACGGCCAAGACUAGCUGCUUCGUAUGUAAGCUCUGUUAUUAAUCAGCGUUAAAAAAAAUCACGUCCGUCUUCCAGUUCUAACUAUAAUUUUGGUAAUGAUACAGUGAAAAACAAAAUCGUGUCUUCCCCAACUAGUUUAAGUGCGUGCGUGUUGCACAUCAACGUCUUCCGUUAGUUUUAGUGACGCUGUGUACUGAUGCGGGGAUUCUGUCAAGUGAUCUUAUUGUGAUCUUAGUUUAAGCUACAACGAAUCCCUCUCACCAGUAUACAGCGAUUUAGUUUCCUAUAAUCAUAAAAUUACCGACAUGUUUUGGUAGACAGCUUUAAUGUCAACUGCACUGUAUUUAUCUACGCACAUAUUUCCAUAUAACUUCUUAGGCUCCUUCAAACAUUUGUCGUUAACAAUCCGAUGUCUUCCACUAGUUUGUAAGGAUGUUGUCUGUGAUAUAAAAAGUACAUCAAUCGAAGCUUUAAUUAGGAUAAGAAAGGCCUUAAAAAUACAAAUUAUAUAUUUACUAUGUAAGAAAUGAUAUAAAAUAUGUAAUAACUCUAAUAGUCGCUGGUGGAAAUGUGAAUUUAGAUGUUUCUAAUCCGUCUUUCAUAUCGUCCACUGCAUGAGAUGUAUCUGACUCUUAGAGUUAUUACUUAAUGAACUCGAAAGCUUUAAUAGGUUUAAGGUAUGAUUAUUCUUAAUUCAUUAAUUCUUUACUGUACUUUAUGUAUCUUUACAUUUCCUUAUUGGUAUUUAUGCAAAAGUGGGCCGAGCGUGCCAAUCUUAAUGUUAGACUCAUUAUACUUAGUACGUUAAACAUAAGCUCGAAAAUUCUACUAUAGAUAAGCUUGUUUCUUAAUAUUCGUGUGCCUUAAAUUUAAAAUGUAUUUUUUUAUGUACUCUUUCGUAAUCUAAUAUAGAUGUUAUGCUCUUUGUUACACGUAAUUAAGGUUUAAUUUUAAGUUUUUGUAAUCUAAGUUAAGAAGCCAUUUUUUAGACUGAUGUAGUUAAGAUAAUUUCAAGACUUUCGUUUGAUCUCUGAAUGUUCAAUAAAUAUACUUUAAUAAUA